AUGAGUCAGUCUGUGGUAAACUGUAAUAAUAACAGUCAUCAUCAUCAUCGUCACCAUCAACAGCAAUCACAACAACAUCAAAAUGGCAGUAACGCAUAUAGUAUUGCUGCUACAUCAACAUGCUCUGAUGGUACUAAUUAUCCUGCAACUCUUGAUGAUAGCUUACCGCCUGUAGGAGUUUCCGAUAGUACUUCGAUCACUGAUAGUACCGAUGCUACCGCCGCAUUUGAUCGUUCUCGUCAAACACGUGUUAUUGUCGCUCCAAAUAUAUCAUCAUCGUCAUCAGCAUCAGUUCAUGUUCCACAACAGCAACAUCAUCCAACUACCGGAGAAGUUUCAUCUAAUCCUGCUUUAUAUGGUACAACAACUCCAUCAUCAUCAUAUAUUACUGCACAAGCAGGUGGCUAUCUAUCCGGUCAUUCAUCUGCCGGAUCAUCAUCAAUGCUAAAUUCGUCUUGUUCAAGUUCAAGUUUCGUUUAUCCAUCCAGUUUCUUCCAACCGUAUUAUGGCUUAUCAUCGACACUGAAUGAAUUCAAUGUGUUGCAAAUGUGUUGUCAACCAUUGUUCACCGAAUAUACUAGUUUGAAAAGGUCGUUUGUACUAAAAGGUGUAUGGUUUAGUUUCGUCAUAAGAAGGGGAAAGAAUGAUGAUGCUGGCUAUACUGUCAUGGAAUAUAGGUCUCCAUGA